AUGGGUCGACGUAGACGUAAGGUUGCUUUUACUGCAAACUUCUGCCAUAUAUGUCUAGCACCGCACAAAUUAUCAUUCUCAUCAAUACCUCGUUGUCCUGAAAGUGUGAAUGGGUGUCGACCUAAUACUUGUGAUUCAUGUUUUGUUCAACAUAUUAAUCAUAUUCUUUCACAAGAUAUCACCGGAAAAGUUAUUUGUCCAGAACAGAAUUGCGCGAGGUUAUUAACAGAAAAUACAAUUCGUAGUGCACUGCUUAAAUUUAAUUAUGAUGAGCUGUGGACAUCGUAUUUAUCGAAACAUAACUGGUAUGGAACAAGUGACGAAUGGAUCGAACGAUUCUCAAAAAAAUGUCCCCAGUGUCAAGUACCUAUCGAAAAAAAUGGCGGCUGUUCUAAUAUGAAAUGUACCCAAUGCUCAUUAAAUUUCCAAUGGCAUCUGAUCGCGACAGUUGAAGAAGCACGAGAUAACAUGAACCCAUUCGGCGCAAAUCAUUUCGGUGGUGGUUUUCCACCUCAGUAUCCAGGUCCAUUUCCUCAACAAGAUUUCGGACAGUAUGGUGGUAAUCAAGGCUAUUACAAUGCCCCUGCUCCAUUCCCACCCGGAAACGUCUAUUCCAAUGGUUCACCAUUUGCACCUCCAGCUGCUUAUCCACUUCCUCCAGCUUAUGCUCCAACACCUGCCUAUCCACCACCACCACCACCAUCACUCGCAGGACAAUUUGCUCAACCUCCUGCUUUUCCUCCUGCACCGGCAUACCCUGUAGCUUCUGUAGGUGCUCAAUAUCCUCAACCUCCAGGUUAUCCUCCACCGCGUAAUAAUUACGGCUUUCAACAACCACCCUACAAUCCUGCUUAUAACCAAGCUAAGCCACAACAACAGGCUCCACCACAACAACCACCGCAACCCCCAGCUCCUCAAUCAUCGGCUGUUCCCUACGGCAGCGUUCCUUACGGUCAACCUCGAUCGCAAUCAAAUCGUCGUCAAACUGAGGCGCGUCGUCGAUCAACUUCACAUCGUCGUCGUCGAUCCCCAUCGUCCUCAAGUUCAUCAUCAUCGGGUAGCACAUACGAUCCUCACAACCAAGGUCAAGCUUACAAUGGUUACAACAAUCCUUAUGUCAAUGUUCAGCCAUAUCCAAACAUGGCACCGAUAUCUGGUGCACAAAAUGGUUCGCCCAUGAUUCCUCCUCGUCCACCUAUUUGGUAG